AUGAUUUAUUUUUGCACUGUAUUAAAAGGAGGUAGAUCCACACCACCAUCACCAGGGAGAUCCUAUUUGGAUGAGGAGUUUUUAAAAUGUGUUGAAAGUAGAGAAGGAAAAUCUGCAAUGAACAUGUUAAAGGAGAAACAUUAUGGUCAGGUUAAUUAUUUAAUACAUAAAUAUUUUUGUCCCGGAAUUAAAAUUCCAUUCACUGGUGAAAAAUCCAAAUUCAAAGAUAUUGAAUUGGACAUUCAGAGAAAAUGUCCUGCAAUUAUGCAAUAUGUCACUGGGUCAGAAAGAGAACAAUUGUCGGAUGAGGAUGAAUGGAUCAUUGAUUUUGAUUUUGACACCGUGAAAUCAUUUUUUGACCCAGUAAUCAACAAGAUUUUGAGGUUGAUUGAGAUACAACUUUCAAAAUGUCCAGACUGUUCGGUGAUGUUUUUGGUUGGAGGAUUCAGUGAAUCAAAAUAUCUUCAAGCUAGGAUUAGACAGAGAUUUGAAAAACAAUUGAAAGUAGCAAUUCCAACUAGUCCGGCUGCUGCAAUUGUAAGAGGUGCAUGUGAAUAUGGACUUGAUAUGAAGACUGUGACUACAAGAGUACUAAAAUGGACGUAUGGAGUUCGAGUUUAUCCUAAAUGGCAAACUGGUGAUCCACUAUCUCGUAAAACGUCAGAUGAUCGGAUAUAUAAGUUUUUGAAGAUGGCCAGAAAGGGGACAGAGGUGGAUGUGGAUGAAGAAUUUUCCAAGAGCAUGAUUCCUGUUUAUCCUCACCAAACCUCAAUAAUUUUUAACUUUUUUUAUACCUCCAAAUACGAUGCAUCUUAUUGCGAUGAACCUGAGAUGAAAAAAUUGGGCAGUUUCACUGUUGAAUUGCCCGAUGCUAAUUUAGGGCUGAAUCGUUCUGUUCUACUAACAUUACGUUUCGCAUCUAUGGAAGCUACUGUUGCAACUGCAAGGAAUGAAAAUACUGAUUUUUCUUUAACAUGA